AUGAACUUCACGGUGGGUUUCAAGCCGCUGCUAGGGGAUGCACACAGCAUGGACAACCUGGAGAAGCAGCUUAUUUGCCCCAUCUGCCUGGAGAUGUUCUCCAAACCGGUGGUGAUCCUACCCUGCCAGCACAACCUGUGCCGCAAGUGCGCCAACGAUGUCUUCCAGGCCUCGAACCCUCUGUGGCAGUCCCGGAGCUCCACCACUGUGUCUUCAGGGGGCCGUUUCCGCUGCCCAUCUUGCAGGCACGAGGUGGUCCUGGACCGACAUGGCGUCUACGGCCUGCAGCGGAACCUGCUCGUGGAGAACAUUAUCGACAUUUACAAGCAGGAGUCCUCCCGUCCACUGCAUUCCAAGGCUGAGCAGCACCUCAUGUGCGAGGAGCAUGAAGACGAGAAGAUCAAUAUCUACUGUCUGAGCUGUGAAGUGCCCACCUGCUCUCUCUGCAAGGUCUUUGGUGCCCACAAGGACUGUGAGGUGGCCCCACUGCCCACCAUUUACAAACGCCAGAAGAGUGAGCUCAGCGAUGGCAUCGCGAUGCUGGUGGCCGGCAAUGACCGUGUGCAAGCAGUGAUCACACAGAUGGAGGAGGUGUGCCAGACCAUUGAGGAAAACAGCCGGAGGCAGAAGCAGUUGCUGAACCAGAGGUUUGAGGGCCUCUGUGCGGUGCUGGAGGAGCGGAAGGGUGAGCUGCUGCAGGCGCUGGCCAAGGAGCAGGAGGAGAAGCUGCAGCGAGUCAGGGGCCUCAUCCGCCAGUAUGGAGACCACCUGGAGGCCUCCUCUAAGCUGGUGGAGUCUGCCAUCCAGUCCAUGGAGGAGCCGCAAAUGGCGCUAUACCUGCAGCAGGCCAAGGAGUUGAUCAAUAAGGUCGGGACGAUGUCGAAGGUGGAGCUGGCCGGCCGGCCAGAGCCGGGCUAUGAAAGAAUGGAUCAAUUCACCGUGAGCGUGGAGCAUGUGGCCGAAAUGCUGAGGACCAUCGACUUCCAGCCAGGCACUUCUGGGGAGGAAGAAGAUGAGGAGGUCGCGGUGGAAGGGGAAGAGGGCCACGUAGGACCAGAGGAAGAGCGGACGGAUGGGCGGGAAAGCACAGGCCAGCACUGACUCGCUCCUGUUGCGGAUCCUGCGCACCCGGGUCCUGGCGCUCGGAUGGUAAACGACCUGAGCAGAGACCACCGCGCCACCCAGCCCGGCGCCCC